AUGUCUGAACUUAACAAGAAUAAGAAUAAUACUGUAAAGGAUGAAGAUGACUUCCAUAGUCUCUUUGCAAAUGACACAAAUUUUGAAAACUAUUUGAAUUUAUCAUCACAUAAUAAUUCUACAACAACACAGAUAGAUAAUAGCAACAACAACAAUAAUAAUAACGCAUUUGAUUCUAUGUUAGAAGUAUUACCUGAUGAUAUCAACUUUAGUUCCUUUUUCACACCUCUUCCGACUGAUGAAGAUGAUAACUUAAGUUUAGUGUCGGAUAGAAGUAAAAAUGGUAGUACAUCUAGAGCAACACAUACUCCAAUAGAAUCAACUACACAAUCAAGAAACCCAUCGACUCAAAAUAUUCAACCAUCUCCAGCUGUUAAAUAUGAAAGUAUCUUCCAUCAAAUAUCAUCUCAAGAUAAUAAUAAUAAUAAUAAUAAUAAUAAUAGUAAUAAUAAUAGUAACAAUUCAUUAAAUCAAUCAAAUAUGAUAAUGACGCAACCAAUAGAUAUUGCAAAUCAACAAAAUGGUGAAAUUGCAGGGUUAUGGGAUUUUAAUGUAGAUACAUUACAAAUGACACCAGGGAAUUCAAGCGAUUCAGCUACGAUUAGUGCUCCAAAUAGUUAUAAUUCAAGUAAUUUACAAAUGUCAUCAAGUCAUAAUGCGAACUCUUUCAAUCAAUUUAAAAAUUUGACAAGUCACGCUUUGACAGGUCAAAAGACAAUUGCAACCUUGUUUCAAGCACCAGGUCAAAACGUAGCAUCGUCAUCUUCGUAUUCCAACUCAAACAUGAACUCCAUCUUCAACAACAAUAAUAAUACUAAUGGAAAUCAUUCAAACUCUUUCAACAUUUACAAUAUACCGAAUGGUUCAAAUAAUAACAAUAAUAAUAACAUGAAUAAUUUGGUGAACUCAUCGUCGCCGAUCGGCUUACCUUCAUCCAAUAAUAGCAAUAAUAUCCCGAAUAAUGGUAAAUCCAAUAGUAACAAUAACUCACAAUCGAUGUUCAGGCAAACAUCACGCAAAUCAUCUAUGUCUCAGUUAUCUACAAAUUUGGUAACAACAGAUAAAGGUAUAUCUAUACCAUUAAGCUCCACAAACACAAGUAAUUCAAUUAGAAAGAAUCAAAUGCAAAGACAAAUGUCAUCUACUUCAUUGACAAAUUUAAACAAACGUCCAUCGUCCAUCUCAGAUAUAUCCACAAGUGCAAACAAUUCAUCAAUACUCACUAGGAAACCGCCAGUGCAAUGUUUCAAUUGUAAGACCUAUAAGACCCCCUUAUGGAGACGCGAUCCAAAUGGGAGAACAUUAUGUAAUGCUUGUGGGUUAUUUCAAAAACUUCAUGGUACUAUGAGACCAUUGUCUCUUAAAUCAGAUGUGAUAAAGAAAAGAAAUACAAAGAAAAGAACAAAAAAGACUCUGGAUGCCCAGAAUCAAACACAAGGACAUAUAGAUUCUUCAAUGAAAUUAGAUCAUCCAAGUCAAGGACCGCUGGAUAUUCAAGAAAGUAUUAUCUUUGAGGAUAAACAGAAUAGCAUACGAAGAAAUUUUGCGCCUCCUUCCAUAUCAAACGCGACUGCCACGACAGCAAUGACUAGAACUGCUGCACAAUCAAAUAUGCCAAAAGCUACAAAUCGUGGAUCCUUUACAAACGUGAAUCCAUCUGGUUCAUCGUCUGUAUUUAACACGAGAAUGACUGAAGAGAUGCACACUAAUGAUCCAAGGGGAUAUUUUAACCAAUCAGGUAUGGUAGGUAGAGGUCCAAGUAAUAGGAUAGCCGUCUCGCGUGCAACUUCUUCCAAUGAUCUUUCUCAAUUUAACAAUUUGAAUUCAAGCAAUAAUGGAACGGCAAAAAUAAAUAGAAGAGGUAGUACGUCAUCUAAUACCUCCAGUAGGUCUUCUUCAUCUAGGUCAAUGAUCCCUAUAUUACCAAAGCCUUCCAAUUCUGGAGUAGGAUACUCAAAUUCCAAUAAUAACAGUAAUACAUCUUCACCAAGGGUGACCCCUAAUGGUUAUCCAUUUGCAUCCAAUUCUCCAAUACAAACGGGUUUGUUUUCAAGUUCAGCUGGAAGAAAUGGUAUAUCUAUACCGCGUCGCAAAAUGUCUCGUAAUGCAUCUCAUUCGUCAUCAUUUAUGGCAGCUUCACUACAACAACUUCAACAGCAAGGUAUGAACUCCAAACAGGUUCAGCAUCCAGGAAACCAAGUGCAACAAGAUUCUAGUAGAAUACAAGGCAGUGCAAUAACCCCAUCGCCUAUGAGGGAUGAGUACGAUAUGUUUAAUCACGGCAACAAUCAAAGUAUAUUUCAGAGGGAUAUUGUAAAUUCGCAAUCAAAUUUAGAAUCAUUUCCCUACGAAGUCAAGACAGAUAAAUCGCACACAUCGUUGUUAUCACAACAAUUGAGUGAUUCUAGUACUAAUACGAUUUCAAACGCUGACUCAAAUAAUAAAAAUGCACCUGUUCAUUCUCAUGGAAACUCCGAGGCUUCGAAUACAGUGUCUACUAAUGAACUUGAUUGGCUUAAAUUUGGGCUUUAG